AACAUGAAAAGUAAAAUUUUUGACUUGACAUCACUAAGAAUAUGUUACGUACUAUAGUAGUACCAGCAUUUUAUAACCUUCGUUUAAACUUUUUGAACUAAAGAAAUAUCUCUGCCAUGACUACACCUUCGUCCCCAGGGUUUUUUGCCGUCUUCUCUCAUACCAAAAAGGUACAAAACCCUGGGGGUGAGAGUACCAUGACUAACAACAAUGUAUUUUUCAUAUUUUGUGUCCCUUUACCACAACAUACUACCAGCUUCGAAAAAAAAGUUUGUCAAUGUUUAUGAUGAGAUGGUACGGUGGCCCACAACUGCCACGGAAAAAGAAAAAACAACAUAAAAUGAAAAAGCCACGGAAAAUGUUACGGCAUAGUCACAAGAGAGAGAUAGACCACGUUUACACGCAGGCGGGAUGAAAUCUCUUCCCGGGAUAAAACUCGUCCAGGAAUGAAUACUCCUUUUCAUAAAUUCGAGAUGACGUAAUCGCGUUAACACGAAAACGAGGUAGUCGUUGUGUACUUUCUUCAUAAUAAAAAUCGCAAUGGCGGAUAGUGUGUCAAAAAAACGUAAACAAAGAACAUAAAGUCUUGGAAAGCAAUGUGCAGUCUGGGUUUGUGACAAUACUGGUUUAGUCGAGUUUGAAGGUGAACGUAUUUCAACAGCAACAAGUUUUUUCACGUUUCCAAAAGAUGUUGGUGAGAGAAAAGUGUGGUGUAGUAGAAUCAAACGUGUGGAUGGAAAGGACAACUUUCGUGUAACUAACCACACUGUUCUGUGUGAAAAACACUUUUCUAAAACGGAUAUUAUUCGAUCUCCGGGGCGGUACUUUGAGACGUCUAAAAAUGGGUGCAAGACCUGUACUUUUGGAGACAAUGGUAAAAGAUGAUUCGAGUAGGAGAAAGCCACCAGUUGACCGACCAUCUACACGAAAAAAAUUCAGAAAUUCGGUGUCAGAAAUUGCACAACCUGAACCUGAAAUGGAUGCAUUUGAAGAUAAUUUUUUUACCAUAGAUUCUUCUACUCAAAUAGAAAAAUCAGCAGAUUUACAAAAGCAAAUUUCUAUGUUAAUAGAAGAAAAUAAGACCUUGAAAGCAAAUACAAGUACAGUUAAAUGUAAAUUUGUUGAACAAGUGCUGUUAUCAGAUCAAGGAUGCAAUCACUACACUGGUUUGCCAUCGGUUGAUAUUUUCCGGGGAAUAUUAAUAUUUUUAAAUGCUGGUGAGAAUGGCGAGAACAUUGUAUUAUAUAACAACCAACAAGUCAAGGGGGAUUCAUCAAGAGGUAGACCUCGUACUUUAUCACCAUUAGAAAGUUUCUUAUUGACAUUGGUGAGACUAAGACGAAACUUUGAUAUUUUUCACCUAUCAUAUCUUUUUCAAGCAUCAGAAGGUACGAUAACUAAUACGAUAUUAACUUGGAGAAAUUUUAUGUAUAUAAAAUUUGGAUCUGUUUGCAUAUGGCCUACAAGGGAAUAAGUAAAAGCAGUCAUGCCUUAUUAAUGAAGGACAAAUUCCCUAAUGUACGCUGCAUCAUAGACUGUGUCGAAUUCAAAAUAGUAGUACCAUCCUCACUUGUGAUACAUAAGCUCAUGUAUUCUAAUUACAAAAUCCACACAACUGUUAAAGUUUUAGUUGGAAUUGCACCUGGUGGUGGCUUCACAUUUGUAUCUUCAGCUUAUCCCGGAAGUAUUCCAGACAAAAACAUUGUUAUCAAAAGUGGUUUUUUGUAUCCUCGGUUAGAAUAACGGAGUGUCUGCUGCACCGGUACCGGAAUCGUACAUCGAAAAACUACCGAACCGAUACCGGAUUUCUCCGGCUCACAGCUAGUGAACCGGCACAGGAUUUUUCAGCAAACUCCCUAGUUUUUUUGUGUAAAAUUUCAUUUUGACAACGAAGACGAUAAAAUAAGUAUUACUAGAAAUGGUAAUUUUUCAUACCCUGAAAAAAUCAACUUAGAGAGGUUCUUGCGAAAUACAUGUUUAAUCCCUUGACCGUUUGGAACGUUCCAACAGAAUGAUUCGUUUCAAAGAAGCAAAAGCCUGUUUUCUAUUUCGUGGAUACAAACCCUUGCAUAUUAAAUAAGUAAGAGCCUAGACGCUUGAAGUUUUCUUGAAGAAACCAGCUGUACUGCUUUCAUACGCGGAGAAAAUAUUCUUUUUCGCUGAAGAAUUUUAUAGUUUUGAUACGGCAUCUAGAUAGGCACAAAUUCAGUAUGUCGAUUACUUUUGUUGUUGGGGAAAAAUUUUCGACUUUUCAAGAAUUGAAAACAAAAUUAGAUACAUACAAAGAGAAGAAUUUUGUUGAUGUCUACGUUAGAGAUAGUCGAACUGUUAAGGCUUCACAAAAAGGAUUGACGAAAAUAAUAAAACCCGAGCUUCAGUACUAUGAAUUAAAAUAUGCUUGUGUUCAUGGUGGAAGAAAAUUCAAAGGAAGAGGCUCUGCACAACGAGCUGUUCAAUUCCUCAGUUCAUUUAUUAGAUGAGGAAAUGAAGGAUGCGUAUGAAGCAUAUCCAGAAUUGAUUUGUGUUGAUGCUACCUAUAAUCUAACUUAGCUAAGAAUUCCAGUUUACUUAAUGUUAGUGGA